GUGCCAUUCGGCAAUUGAGCUACUCGAAGUCUAAGGUAUCCACUGCGAUGUCGGUCCGAGACGAUCUCGUACAGCAAGGUGUGCGCUUCCUGCAGCACCCGAAGGUGCAAGACACGCCGCUGUCGGAGCGACUGCAGUUCUUGGAGAAGAAGGGGCUCACACCCAAGGAGAUCGCGGCGGCGCUCAAACUCAACGACGAGAAGAAUGCGGCACGCGCGGCGCAAGCCGUUGCCUCCGUUACGAGCGGCAAGAGCGGGGAGCGACUGCAAGGACGCGUGGGCGUUGUUGUGGGAGGGAAUGUCGGGUUAGGACAGCUAAUUGCCGUCAAACUGGCCAAGGAAGGCGCAAAACUCGCUAUUAUAGGAGCCAAGGGAGCAGACGCUAUAAAUUCGACCCAGACCAAGAGUGUGGAGGCUCAGAUCCGAGGGCUGGAGGGUGCAACACCCGCUAAGGUCUACGAAGGGGAGCUGCAGAGCUGGAGCUUCAUAGAUGCAACGUACGCAGCUAUCGCCAAGGAGUUCGGACGCAUUGACUUCGUAGUCAACUGCGUUCCAGCUCCAAAAGACAGUGGCGUGAAGCCUACAGCUCUAGUAGAUGUGGAUGCUGCAGCGUGGGAUGAAGCCAUGGGGGUCUCUGCCAAGGCAGUCUUUCUCAGUUGUAAGCGCGCAGUGCAGCAGAUGCUGACGCAGGACAACGGAGCUGUUCGUGGACGUAUUGUCAACAUCUCAUCGCUGUACGGAAUGGUCGCGCGCAAGGGCCACUUCACAUUUGGUGUGGGCAAAGCAGCGAUCGUUCAACUGACUCGCCAGAUCGCGGCCGAGUACGCGGCGAGCGGCAUUGUGUGCAACGCGGUGGCCCCAGGAUUUAUUGACGACUCCAUCAGCCGUGACGAUUGUCUCGCUCCAGCAUCGAAUAACCGGAUUCCAGCUGAAGAGCCUGGCAAGGCGAUGGAUGUGGCCAACGCAGUCACGUUCCUUGUAUCGGACGAUGCUCGCUACGUUCACGGCGUCAACUUGCUCGUGGACGGAGGCUACAUGGCUUGCUAGAACCAGCAUUAACCAACAAUCCACCUGUUUUGCUGUUGUUUCCCUGUAUUAUAAGACAAAGUCUAGAACUUGCCGCCUGUGAAGACGUUGAUGGCAUACGAGAAGGCAGCAAAACCAGCGCAGCCGAGACACUGUGCCUGGAUGCCCUGGCCAGCUGCCAAAGCUGCACCCGUCGCACAACCUGCCACCAGUUCAUUGCCCACGUCGUGUCGUCCACGGAUUUUCUCGGUCGCGCACUCGAGACCUGAGAACAUGGCCGAAAUGACGAGGAAGUUGUUACCCCAAUAGCGGCACUUGCCUGCUGUGACUCUCCAUGAUCCGGCCAGCUGCAACGCAGUAUCAAUGUUGAUUAGCCUCACAGCGCAUGGUUCAGGAUAGUAAUAAAAGAGCAGCCGUACCGACUCGCGCCAAGGUACUUUGGGC